UUUCUCUAAGUAAAAGUGGAGGCGGAGGUGAAGAUGUCCACCAGGGUUUCCAAUCACUUCUCACUGAAGUUAACAGGAUGGGCACACAGUACUUGCUUCGAACUGCCAACAGGCUCUUUGGAGAAAAGUCUUAUGCUUUCAACUCAUCUUUCAAAGAUUCCUGCUACAAAUUCUAUCAAGCGGACAUGGAAGAGCUCGACUUCCUCAAGGCUGCAGAGGAGGCCAGGACACACAUAAACUCCUGGGUAGCAAAGAAGACAGAAGGUAAAAUUACAGAGUUGCUUUCUCCAAAUUCAGUUAAUCCAGAUACUCGUCUGGUUCUGGCGAAUGCCAUCUACUUCAAAGGAAACUGGGAUACUCAGUUUAAGAAAGAAUACAGCAAGGAAAGAUCAUUUAAAAUCAGCAAGAAUGAGGAGAAGCCUGUGCAAAUGAUGUUUAAGACAUCUACCUUUAAUAUGACUUACAUAGGAGAAAUAUCCACCAAAAUUCUGGUGCUGCCUUAUGUGGGCAAAGAGUUGAAUAUGAUCAUCCUGCUUCCGGACGAAAACGUCAAUCUGGAAACGGUGGAAAAAAACCCUUACUUAUGAGAAAUUCAUGCAAUGGGCCAGGCCAGACAUGAUGCAUGAACAAGAGGUGGAUGUGUCCCUGCCUAGAUUUAAACUGGAGGAGAAUUACGAC